UUGAGAACCAAAAUGCACAAUGGUGGGGGCACUGAACAUGUGGUCACUGUUUCCAAAAUAGGACAUUCAGUGUCACUUCUUGUUAGCCAAUCAAACACAGUCCUCUCUGUAAGAGUAGAGAACGUAUGGCGGAUCUCCACAUUCAUCAAGACAUUUUGGUCACGAUGACAUCUUUGAAGUUGGCUUUAUAUCUGACUUGUCUUUGCUUGUGGAGAAUAGCUCUGACAACUGAUGUUAAAUUGUCCCCAUCUGUGCGUCAAGAGAAUGGUUUUAUAUCAGCUAAUGUUGGCGACAACGUGACAUUACGAUGUUUCCAUCAAAAUAACGAAACAGCAGUGUUUUCCUGGUACAAACAAACGCUGGGACAGAAACCGAGGAUUGUUUCUACCUACUUUGAAGACGAUAUAAAGGGCACUUUUACUGAUGAAUUCAAGAACAAUCCACGCUUCACACUGGAAACUAAAAAGGGAAAAAAUCACUUGACAAUCUCAAAUUUGCACACUUCAGACUCAGCUACUUACUACUGUGUAGUAAGUUGCCAUGCAUAUAAGUUUGAAUUUAAAGAAGGCUUUACUGUCAGUGUAGAGGAUUCAGGUUUGAACAUCCCAGCUUCGGUCCAUCAGUCAGCAUCUGAGAGCAUCCAGCCAGGAGGCUCUGUGACUCUGAACUGUACAGUACACACUGGGACCUGUGAUGGAGAACACAGUGUUUACUGGUUCAAAACCUCUGAAGAAUCUCAUCCAGGACUCAUUUACACCCAUGGAGGCAGUAAUGAUCAGUGUGAGAGGAAACCUGACACACAAACACACACCUGUGUCUACAACUUGCCAAUGCAGAGCCUGGAUCUUUCUCAUGCUGGGACCUACUACUGUGCUGUUGCCUCAUGUGGACACAUACUGUUUGGAGACGGGACCAAGCUGGAUUAUGAAGAUGAGAAGAACCGUCCCAACACCCUUGUGUAUUUCUUGAGUGGUACUUUGGCAUUCACCACCAUUCUGACUGUUUUGCUGGCUUUCUCAAUGUGCAUGAUGAACAAAAGAAACAGCUGCCAUUGUACAGAGUCUCGAGCAAGAUUUUCAGCUGCCUCCAUAACCAAUGUAGAGGGUUACCAAGGUGCAGACAAAGAGAACAAGGUCAACAGACGAGGAGGGCAGAGAGACUACACCUGGAGUGAAUGUGUGUACUUCACUGUAAAGUAGUAGAGUCAGACAUGUUUCCUCCUUGUCUCUAUGUGACACAACAUGAUUCAUUUUAAAGUGUAAUUUGGCUUUUGUGAACAUGAUUUCAGCUAAAUAUGAUGGCUGUAAAAUAAAGCACUGCUUUCUAAUAAACUAAUUAAACAAGCUUUUACAAAGACAA